AUGUCCGAAUACUACGACGAAGAUCCAUAUGGGUACGAUGACGAGGAAGCUGCUAUUUCAGCAGAAGAUUCGUGGACUGUUAUUUCUGCCUUUUUCAGAGAGAAAGGUUUAGUAUCUCAACAGUUGGACUCUUUCAAUCAGUUCAUCAACUAUACGAUUCAGGAUCUUAUCUUGGAAGACAGUACGUUGAUUUUGGAGCAGUUGGCCCAGCAUACCACUGAGACAGAUAAUAUCUCCAGGAAAUAUGAAAUAUCGUUUGGUAAGAUUUAUCUAGCCAAGCCAUCUAUGACGGAAUCUGACGGUGUGUCCCAUGCUAUGUAUCCACAAGAAGCACGUCUCAGAAACUUGACUUACGCCUCAGGGUUGUUCGUUGAAAUUCAGAAAAGAACCUACCAGGCCGUCGAUAUUCCUGGCCGUGAUCUAAAGUACGAAAUUAUACACGAGGAAAGUGAAGAAAAUGAAGAAAAUAACAAGAUCUUCAUCGGAAGAGUGCCCAUCAUGUUGAGGUCUAAAUACUGUUUACUAGAUGAUCUAACGGAAUCUGAUUUGUACCGUUUGAAAGAGUGUCCCUUCGAUAUGGGUGGUUAUUUCAUUAUCAACGGUUCAGAAAAGGUCUUGAUCGCUCAAGAACGUUCAGCAGGUAAUAUUGUGCAAGUUUUCAAAAAAUCAGCACCCUCGCCUAUCUCACAUGUUGCUGAAAUUAGAUCAGCUUUAGAAAAGGGAUCACGUUUCAUUAGUACUCUACAAGUUAAAUUAUACGGUCGUGAAGGUUCUACCUCCCGUACCAUUAAGGCUACUUUGCCAUACAUUAAGCAAGAUAUUCCAAUCGUUAUCAUCUUCAGAGCGUUGGGUAUUAUUCCAGAUGGUGAAAUUUUAGAGCAUAUUUGUUACGACGUCAACGAUUGGCAGAUGUUGGAAAUGUUGAAACCUUGUGUUGAAGAAGGUUUUGUCAUUCAAGAUAGAGAAACAGCUUUGGAUUUCAUCGGCCGUCGUGGUACUGCCUUGGGUAUCAAGAAAGAAAAGAGAAUUCAAUAUGCAAAGGAUAUUUUGCAAAAAGAAUUCUUACCUCAUAUCACUCAGUUAGAAGGUUUUGAAAGUAGAAAGGCUUUCUUCUUGGGUUACAUGAUCAACAGAUUAUUACUAUGUGCCUUAGACCGUAAGGACCAAGAUGAUCGUGAUCAUUUCGGUAAGAAGAGAUUAGAUUUAGCAGGUCCUUUGUUGGCUCAAUUAUUCAAGACUUUGUUCAGGAAACUUACCAGAGAUAUUUUGCGUUUCAUGCAAAGAUCUGUUGAAGAGGCUAAGGAUUUCAACCUAAAGCUAGCUGUUAAGGCCACGACUAUCACUGCUGGUCUUAAAUACGCUUUGGCCACUGGUAACUGGGGUGAACAAAAGAAAUCUAUGUCCUCUAGAGCUGGUGUUUCUCAAGUUUUAAACCGUUAUACUUAUUCUUCUACAUUAUCGCAUCUUAGAAGAACAAACACUCCAAUCGGUCGUGAUGGUAAGCUAGCAAAGCCUCGUCAAUUACACAACACACAUUGGGGUUUGGUAUGUCCAGCUGAAACACCAGAAGGUCAAGCUUGUGGUUUGGUUAAAAACUUGUCCUUGAUGUCAUGUAUAUCCGUUGGUACGGAUCCAUUACCUAUCAUCACAUUCUUGAACGAAUGGGGUAUGGAGCCAUUGGAAGAUUAUAUUCCACACCAAUCUCCUGAUGCAACCAGAGUUUUCGUCAACGGUGUCUGGCACGGUAUCCAUAGAAAUCCUGCAAAGUUGGUGGAUACUAUUAGAAAGUUAAGAAGAAAGGGUGAUAUUACUCCAGAAGUCUCCAUCGUUAGGGACAUUCGUGAAAAAGAAUUAAAGAUUUUCACCGAUGCGGGUAGAGUUUAUAGACCAUUAUUCAUUGUGGAUGAAAAUACAAAGACUGGUCGUAAAGAGUUGAAGGUUAAGAAGGGCCAUGUUAGAAAAUUAAUGUUGACCGAAUACCAAGAUAUCGAAGGUGGGUUCGAUGAUGAAGAAGAAAUGAAUUAUACGUGGACGUCCUUGUUAAACGAAGGUCUCGUAGAAUACAUUGAUGCAGAAGAAGAAGAAACUAUCUUGAUUGCUAUGCAACAUGAGGAUUUGGAACCAGCUGUACAACAAGCAACAGAAACUGAGGAAGAAUUAGACCCAGCUAGACGUAUUAGAGCAGCCCAUCACGCUAAUAUGUUCACACAUUGUGAAAUUCAUCCAUCUAUGAUCCUCGGUGUGGCUGCAUCGGUUAUUCCAUUCCCUGAUCAUAAUCAAUCUCCACGUAACACUUACCAGUCUGCGAUGGGUAAGCAAGCUAUGGGUGUUUUCUUAACCAACUAUAAUGUUCGUAUGGAUACAAUGGCGAACAUUUUGUAUUAUCCACAAAAGCCAUUGGGUACAACAAGAGCAAUGGAAUAUUUGAAAUUUAGAGAAUUGCCUGCUGGCCAAAACGCUAUUGUUGCUAUUGCAUGUUACUCAGGUUACAACCAAGAAGAUUCUAUGAUUAUGAAUCAAUCUUCGAUUGAUAGGGGUCUAUUUAGAUCCUUGUUCUUCAGAUCCUACAUGGAUCAAGAAAAGAGAAUUGGUAUGUCGAUUACCGAAUCUUUCGAAAAGCCACAUAGAACGAAUACAUUAAGAAUGAAGCACGGGACUUAUGACAAAUUAGAUGAUGAUGGUUUGAUUGCUCCAGGUGUUAGAGUUUCUGGGGAUGAUAUGAUUAUCGGUAAGACUACACCUAUUCCUCCAGAUGCUGAAGAAUUAGGCCAAAGAACAGCUUUCCAUUCAAAACGUGAUGCUUCAACGCCUCUUAGAUCAACUGAAAACGGUAUUGUUGAUCAAGUGUUGAUCACUACUAACCAAGAAGGUUUGAAAUUCGUUAAAGUCAGAGUUAGAACCACCAAAGUCCCACAAAUUGGAGAUAAGUUUGCAUCCCGUCACGGUCAAAAGGGUACCAUUGGUAUUACUUACCGUAGGGAAGAUAUGCCUUUCACUGCGGAGGGUAUUGUGCCAGAUUUGAUCAUUAACCCUCAUGCUAUUCCUUCCCGUAUGACAGUCGCGCAUUUAAUUGAAUGUUUGCUAAGUAAAGUUGCAGCAUUAUCUGGUAAUGAAGGUGAUGCUUCUCCAUUCACGGAUAUUACUGUUGAUGGUAUCUCUAGAUUACUUCGUGAACACGGCUACCAAUCUCGUGGUUUCGAAGUCAUGUACAACGGUCACACUGGUAAGAAGCUAAUGGCACAAAUAUUCUUUGGUCCUACGUACUACCAAAGAUUAAGACAUAUGGUGGACGACAAGAUUCAUGCAAGAGCAAGAGGUCCAAUGCAAGUUCUAACCAGGCAGCCGGUAGAAGGUAGAUCUAGAGAUGGUGGUUUAAGAUUCGGAGAGAUGGAACGUGAUUGUAUGAUUGCACACGGUGCAGCUGCGUUCUUAAAAGAAAGAUUAAUGGAAGCAUCGGAUGCAUUCAGAGUCCAUAUUUGCGGUAUAUGUGGGUUGAUGUCAGUAGUUGCAAAAUUAAAACAUAAUCAGUUUGAGUGUCGCUCUUGUAAAAACAAGAUCGAUAUUUACCAAAUUCACAUCCCAUAUGCUGCGAAGUUGUUGUUCCAAGAACUUAUGGCUAUGAACAUCGCACCUCGUUUAUACACUGAUCGUUCAAAGGAUUUUUAA